AUGGCCCCAGGCCUCGACAUUCAAAGACUGGGAGUUGUAUUCCAGUCGCGACCGGACAUCCUCGAGGGCAUUCAGCGCGAAGCCAAUUCGGCGUCACGAGUAACGCUAUUUAACGACAUUGCCAGCUUCGUGUACGAACAGACAAAUGGCCCCGAGCCAGCCGCGAAGCGGCGUCGAGUCGAUGUCGACGCCUCCAACGGCUUCAAGGCUUCCAAUGGAAACGGAACCAUCAAUGUCGCAGGAUCAGUUCCGGCAUCGGCGGCAGAGGCAGCAGUAGACGAGCCGGUUCAGCUCGAGAUUAAGGAGAUUUCCGUGUCGGUACCGCAGCGGAAAAAGUUUGAGCUGUGCUUCACCGAGAACCACCUCUACGCUCGCGUCCCAGGCACAACUGCGCCGGCGGCAGGCAUCGCGUACGCCUGGGGAGACAUUGAGUACGCCUUCUACCUCCCAAUUCCCGAAAAGACGCAGGUCCAACAUAACUACAUCAUUUUCCCCCGCGGAUCAUGUCUUCCCUCUAAGACAGAGACGACUAUUCCGACGGCUGAGCCUCUCGUCUUCACCGUGCCUGCAACAGCUCCAAAGCAGGGCACGAUUCUCGGUCCCAAGGCUAGCAGUGCGGCUGCUGUCUCCGACACAUACCGUUCGCUGUUCGACUGGGCGCUGACGACCCAUCUCCGUGCCGCGUCAAAUCCCAUCAACAUAGUGUCAGCCGAUCCCGCCAAGUUUCACAGUAUGGUGAGGCAGCCACACCGACCGAACGAGAAGGCUGUGCAUGUCAAGGCAUUCCGCGGCUCGAAGGAUGGGUAUCUGUUCUUUCUGCCGACCGGCAUCCUUUGGGGCUUCAAGAAACCGCUCCUGUUUAUCCCCUUGGAACGGAUCUCAUCAUUGAGCUACACGAGCGUGUUGCAACGGACAUUCAACAUAGUGGUCGAGGCUUUCACUGGCGAGGGCGACGCGACCGAAGAGCUCGAGUUUGCAAUGUUGGACCAGGAGGACUACCAGGGAAUUGAUGAAUCCUACGCCGGAAAGAAGGCAGCUGGCGCGGGCGAUGUCGCGCCAGACGCUAGUGCAGAUACCGAUGGCAGGACAGAGCUGGAAAAGGCGCAGGCUGAGGCAGAGCUGCAGCUGCAAGACGAAGAGGAUGAGGACGAAGAAGAUUACGACCCGGGGAGCGAGGGUGAGAGCGAAGGGUCAGGCGUCUCUAGCGACGAAGACGAUGAGGACGACGACCAAGAGAUGGAGGAUGGGGAGGACGAUGAAGGAGACGAUGCAGGGGACGAAAGCACCAAUGUCAAAGGCUGA